AUGGCGGAAAGCCAGGCUGCUUCAAGUGGGACUGGGAGCGAGGAGAAGAACAAUCUCUGGUCUUGCCUGCCGAGCUUCGACCCUCAGUCCGAUGAUCCCAAAGAAUAUGCUGACAAAGUGCAUUUUCUGGAAAAGAUUUGUCCAAAGAAGGACAAGGCAAUGUUAGCACCACGACUAGCAAUGUUAAUGAAAGGAACAGCAUGGGCUCAGGUGAGAGGUCUUGAUGCUGAAAAGUUGAUGGAUGCUACCAGUGGCAUCAAGACGUUGUCGUCAGCGAUUUCAACGUGGGAAGAAGCUGAAGAACUACAGGUCUAUGAGAAGUUCGAGAAGGUCCUCUACAAGACUACCCAACGUCCUGAUGAGACAACACAAAGCUACGUGAACCGGUUGGCUGUGGCUUUCAACGAAGUCGAAGGCCGAGCAGUCCGAGAUUUCAGGGCUUUCAUCAUGCUGAGGCAAUCAGCUUUGAGCGUGGAGGACAAGAAGAAAGUGAUUUCAAUGAUCGGAGAUACACUGAGUCCGGAGAAGGUUGAAGGUGCCAUGAGACAACUUUCAACUCGGAUUCUGAUGGGCCAGUCUGAUGGAAAGAAAAAGGUGUACCCAUUGAAUCACGUGGAGGAAGAGACUGAAGAAGCCAUGGUUGUCCAGGAAGCUGAGGUCUACGAUGAAGAGGCCACCAUUCAAUGGCUUGCCGAGCAAGGAGAUGAAGAAGCCUUGGUGGUGCAGGAUUUUGAAGAUCAAUUGAUUGAGGUGUGCCAGGAGAACAAUGAUUUGUCGAUGUGUUUCAACAGUUACACAGAAGCCCGUGCCAAGAUUCGAGACAAGCUUCGUCACCGAGGAUUCUGGCCUCCAAGAGCUGGCAAAGGGAAGAUGAAAGGAGGAAAGAAAGGAGGCCGUUUUGAGAGCUCCUUUCGCCGUAAGAAUCUGAGUCUUGCGGAUCGCAUCGCCAACUCGUCAUGCAGGAGAUGCGGCCAGAAAGGACACUGGAAGCAGGAGCGUCCCUUACGUUCGCAAGACAAAGAAGAAGUUCACUACAUCAUGGAGGAAAUGAACAACGAGCCAGAGGAAGAGAUCCUUCAUGAACUUCCCCCUGGAGUCAAUUUGAUGUCGACGGUAGAGGAAUUGUUCACGUCGAUGACCAACCAGCAGCGACUGCGGCUCAACGUCCCAAAGAUUCAGCAGCUCGCCCUGGUGAUCGAGUUCAAGCAAAUGACAUCAGCCAUGCCGAAGACCUAUGUCGCGGCUUCGCUGGACAUGGCGCUGCCCUUUCCGGAGGAUCAGGCGCUGACUUACAUGACCGAGGAAGAAGACCAGAAGAUAGUGCGGCCACCGGGAAUUCAGAACCUUCGGCAAUGGGGAACAAUGAUCCUCCCGGAGGGAAACCACAAGGGCAAAACGUUCUUGGAGACUGUCGAGGGAGAUUACCAGUACUCCAUGUGGAUUGUCAAACACAAGAACCUGUCCAGCGACUGGACGAAGUCGUUCCAGGAGUUUGUCAAGGCCUGGAACCAGAUGACAAUGUCCACAACGAGAACUACAGCUUUGGGGGCGAGUGCCAAGGCCAAAGCUCGACCCAAGAUGUCCGAGGAGUGGAGCGACGUGGAACAGGAGCUGAUUGUCAUUCCCUCGGACCUGAAGUCAGAAGGGAAGAUGGGCCAGAAUUCAAAGCGUGGUCUGGCCGCGGAACCUGGAGAUCAGAUGGUGACCGAGGUGGAUCAGGAUCGAGUGAACCAACUGCAGGCACAGAUUGCCGUGUUGCAGCGGGAGCUCGCCAAAGUUAUUGCAAAGAGUGAAGAACUCAUGGCACACCUGGAACUCAGGGCGAAGUCCCUGGAACGGGAAGUGGCUGAUCUCAUGGCUUUGACAACUGAGAAUGUCCGCAAUUCGUCAAGGCCAUCUUCGGGACCUGGUGCUCAGGGAAAACUGAAUCUCCUUGAAAUCUACUGUGAAGAAGAUUCGCAACUUGUAAGAGUGGCCAACAUGUAUGGCCUUGCUGCUCGGAGAUUCACAAUCAAGGAUGGCGAUUUGAGCACACCCGAGGGCCAGAAAAGACUUUGGAAAAUCGUGGAAGAGCAACAACCAGACCACAUCUGGGCUUCACCGGAGUGUCGCUUUUGGGGCAACUUCAGCCGAUGGUUUGGAGAGCAGUAUGGUCCGGCCAAAUCCUGGAAGGAUUUGUUCAAGAUGGCUGAGAAAAAGAGGGUUGAGGUGAAACUCAAAGAUCUUGGAGAAGAGGAUCAGCUUCGUUUUGCGGCAGCCAAAGACAAAGAGCUGAAAGCUUGGUUGAGUCAUAAGACUGUUCAAAAGGCGGCACAAGGGAAAAUCCCAGAUCAUGCCAUCAUGCGCUGCCGUUGGCUAUUGUCAUGGAAGGGGGCCAAUGGGGAUGAACCACCUGGAGAACUAGCCUUGAACGGCAAGAGAGCAAAGGCUCGUUUGGUUGUCAUUGGUUAUGAGGAUCCGGAUAUCGACUCCGUCAAGAAUGAUGCACCGACCUUGACAAAAGACGGUCGUCAGCUGGUUUUGCAGCAGGUGAGUAGUUUCCGUUGGCCCCUGAUUAGCUUUGACAUUUCAACUGCUUUCUUGCAUGGACGCGGCGAUGGUCGAAAUCUCGGCCUGCAUCCGACUCCGGAGAUACAGGAAGCUCUAGAGAUGGGACCCACUGAUCAAUGUGCCCUAAAUGGGGGAGCAUAUGGCAGGGUUGAUGCGCCAUUUCUGUGGUUCUGUGAAAUCCGAGAUGAGCUCCUGAAUCAAGGAUGCAAGCAGCACCUGUGUCUUCACGUAUGGUGA